AUUCAGCAGCUCAAAGAGCGUCACACUCCCGCGUACACACACACUCACACACAUACACGGCGGUGACUCUCAGACAGUGAAUAUUAGCCGUCUGACCAGCAGCUGUUUCUGGUCGCUCGACUCCGCAGCCCCCUUCUUGUGUGUGUUUUUUCUCGAGGGAUAAAGAGGACAACGUGUGAUCUCUGGCUGUUCAUUUUUUUUCUGGGAGGAUUCUAACUCGUCUUCUUCCAGUCCAGUCCUUCCUCUCCUCACAUUUCCUCCUUUUUUUUAUUAUCAUACCACUCUGUCUCCCUCCUCUUCCUUCCAUUUCCCUUCUCUCUCUGUCAUUCUCUCAGCGCUUCGUUCUAAUUUUGGAAGCAUGGAACCUCGGGGAGCGCUCUCCCAAAGCUAUUUACGUCCUCGCCUCUCCUCCUCUUCCUCCUCCUCCUCCUCCUCCUCCUCCUCUCCUCUCCCUCUCGUCGGCCAGGAGGAGAACAGCAUGAGGAUCCUUUGAUGCAGCCGAGCAGGGGAAUUCUGCUUCUCCUCUUCUCUGUGUUUUUGUUGCUGUGUUGUUAGCUGUAGCGGCCGAUCCCCUCCCAUCACUUCUUAUGGAAAUGCACAGUUUCACAGGCGAUACACGGCGACGGGAGUUCACCGAUCACCUCCUGGUCUCGGUUUUGCUCGUGCAAUUUGGUUGGAGGAGACUCAGAGAGGGUUUCGUUGCACCAAAGGAAACUUUUUUCUUCCAUCUUCUUGCAACACACCAGCCACUGUCACUGUUUGAGGAACCAGCAAAGUGCUCCAGGUGAUGUAGACAAGACCAACUGACCAGAAAGUCACAUUUCAGGGUCCUUGCGAAGUCUGUACCUAAACUUGACUUUGAUUUUGAUUCAAGCCAAGCAGAGGGAAGGUUUCUGAUACCUGCAACCCGAGGCUACAACAUUAGAAAAGAGGAUUUUUUUGUCCCUAAGUGUCAGUGACUGGUCAUCACAGCACAAACAAAAGCUCUGGGAAAACUGAAAGGUGGAGGCUACCUGCAAAAAUCUGCCUAAACUGGAUUACACAAUAAAAGCACAGAGGAGUUUUCUGCGUUCCCUUUGGGAAUUUUUGACGGAAUUCAUGGUAAUUUUUUGAAAGAUCAUAUUACAAUACAAGCACAGAAAACAUUUGGAAGUUUUUGAAUUUAACCGGUUAUUCAUUUCAUCCCAGAAUGAGUAAUCCAUGAUUCAAUAUUUUUGAAAGCAUCUUUCAGUGUUUGUGUCGUCCUUGGCAACUCGAAUCCUAAACCGAGCCAUGCCGAUAUCUCGGAACUGACUGGUGUGUUUUUUUCGUGACAAAAUCGAGCGCUGCCUCUUGUCUUGGCAUGCUGUUGCAUCCCACGGUGUCAGGAUUGUGCGCCAUGUUGCAGACCAUCUAUGAGACUGAGUCCUGUUUUUCCUCCGCCAGCACAGACAGCCACCACCAGCCUCUGGAGCUCCUGAGCGGCAACAGGGGCUCCAGCGCUGCCAUGCCCACCGCCGUAGUGGAGGUGAAGAGCAGCCUCCCAUCGGGCAUGCAGAGCCCAGUAGGAACAGCAAGUGAGCUGAGAGGAGGAGGUGGAGAAGGAGGUGGGGAUCCAGGAGAAGGCCCAGGAGGAGGAGGCCCAGUGGAUCUGCGGACAGAGCCCAGGGUGGGCUCUCUGUCUGGGGGUGCGGUGGGGGUGGACACAGCCAUGAGGGAGCAGCAGCUCCAGCAGGAACUGGUGCUGCUCAAACAGCAGCAGGAACUCCAGAAACAGCUGCUGUUUGCAGAGUUCCAGAAAAAACACGAAGUGCUCACGAGACAACACGAGGUCCAGCUGCAGGAGCACCUGAAGCAACAACAGGAGCUGCUGGCAGCAAAGCGGCAGCAGGAGCUGGAGCAGAAGAGGAAAGUGGAGCAACAAAGACACGAAGAGCAGGAGAAGCAUCGACUGGAGCAACAGCUGCUGCUGCUGAGGAACAAGGAGAAAGGCAAAGAGAGUGCCAUUGCCAGUACAGAGGUGAAGCUGAAGCUGCAGGAGUUCCUUCUCAAUAAGAAAGAGCCUGGCAUCGGCGGACUGAACCAUUCCUUCUCCCCAAAGUGCUGGGGAGCCCAGCACAUCUCCCUGGAGCAGGGCUCUCCUCCGCAGUGUAACACCCCAGGAACGCCUCCCUCCUACAAACUGCCCCCGCUGCUGGGGAACUACGAGGGCAAAGACGACUUCCCGCUCCGCAAGACAGUCUCCGAGCCCAACCUGAAGGUGCGUUCACGGUUGAAGCAGAAGGUGGCGGAGAGGCGGAGCUCUCCACUCCUCCGCAGGAAGGAUGGAACCGUUAUCAGCACCUUUAAGAAGAGAGCCAUAGAGAUAUCAGUCUCCUCUCUCUGUAAUAGCGCUCCAGGUUCAGGUCCCAGCAGUCCCAACAGUUCCAACUCGGCUAUCGCCAACGGCAACACGGGUUCGGUCCCCAACAUACAGACUGAGCUGAGAUCUCUCCAUCAGACGCUGGGGGCUGAUGGGACAAUGAGUCCUCUGAAUCUCUACACUUCGCCCUCCUUGCCCAAUAUCUCCUUGGGCCUCCCUGCCAACUCACACAUCACGCCCAACCAGGCGCUGUCUGCCCAGCAAGAGGCUGAGCGUCAAGCCAUCCAAUCGCUGCGAGGAGGCGGAGCUCUAACAGGGAAGUUUCUCUCCACAUCCUCCCUACCUGCCGGGGUGGUGCAUGAGAUAGAGACGCAGCCCCCCAGCUCUCAUUCUGCUCAUUCCUCGUUAUUGCAACAUGUGCUACUGCUGGAGCAGGCCAGACAACAGACUGCUAUGCUAGCUGUCCCCAUGUACAGCCAGUCGCCGCUGGUUACGGCAGAGAGAGGCGUGUCCAGCGGCAUGCGGGCGGUCAACAAGUUGCCUCGCCAUCGGCCGUUGGCUCGGACCCAGAGUGCACCUCUGCCCCAGUCUCCCCAGGCCUUGCAGCAGCUGGUCGUCCAGCAACAACACCAGCACUUCCUGGAGAAACACUACAAGAUGCUAUCGAAGGGGGCAGAGCUUCCCAGGCCGCCGCCCACCCACCCAGAGGAGACGGAGGAGGAGCUAACAGAGACCAAUGACAUGCAGGAGGAUGACGAAGGGGCGAGCCUUCACAGGCUUCAGAAGGAGGGGUCAGACGACAGCACGCCUUCCUCCGAGCGACUAGGCAUGCACGUGAAGGGCGAGGAGGAGUACGGGAGCGUGCAUGUGAAAGGGGAGAGCACGGAGAGCGAGCUGGAUGAAGAAGAAGACGAAGAAGACAUCAUCCAGCUGAGGGAGGGCGAUGAAGACGAGAGGGGGAGCUACACGCAGGCCUUGCAGCAUCUGGGUGUGUUCCAAUCCUCGUUGCCCCACAGACCUCUUGGAAGAGCGCAGUCCUCCCCCGCAGCCACCGUCAAUCCCAUCAAACACCUCUUCACCACCGGGCUUGUAUAUGACAGUCUGAUGUUGAAGCAUCAGUGUGUGUGUGGCAAUGCUCACAUCCACCCAGAGCAUGCUGGGAGAGUGCAGAGCAUCUGGUCCAGACUGCAGGAGACAGGGCUGCUGAACCGCUGCGAGAGGAUUCGGGGGCGUAAAGCGUCUCUGGAUGAGAUCCAGUCUGUCCAUUCAGAGUUCCACACUCUGCUGUAUGGAACCAGUCCGCUGAAUCGACACAAACUGGACCACAAGAAGCUGCUGGGUCCAAUCAGCCAGAAGAUGUAUGCUGUCCUUCCCUGUGGAGGAAUAGGGGUGGACAGCGACACCGUGUGGAAUGAGAUGCACUCGUCGGCGGCAGUCCGCAUGGCGGUCGGCUCCGUCAUCGAGCUGGCCUUCAGAGUGGCAGCGGGGGAGCUGAAGAACGGCUUUGCAGUGGUGCGUCCACCAGGUCACCACGCUGAGGAGUCCACCGCCAUGGGGUUUUGUUUCUUCAAUUCAGUAGCCAUCACUGCCAAGCUGCUGCAACAGAAACUGGGAGUGGGCAAGAUCCUCAUUGUGGACUGGGACAUUCACCAUGGCAACGGCACCCAGCAGGCCUUCUACAGUGACCCCAACGUCCUCUACAUCUCCCUCCAUCGCUACGACGACGGAAACUUCUUUCCUGGCAGUGGAGCUCCUGAGGAGGUGGGAUCAGUUGCAGGUGUUGGUUUUAAUGUGAACAUAGCGUGGACUGGAGGAGUAGAGCCACCUAUGGGUGAUGUGGAGUACCUCACUGCCUUUAGGAGCGUAGUGAUGCCCAUCGCCCAGCAGUUCAGUCCAGAUGUGGUUCUGGUGUCUGCGGGCUUCGACGCAGUGGAGGGUCAUCAGUCUCCUCUGGGAGGAUACAAUGUCUCCGCCAAGUGUUUCGGUCAGCUGACGCAGCUGCUGAUGGAUCUGGCGGGUGGGCGCGUCGUUAUGGCGCUGGAGGGCGGUCACGACCUCACCGCCAUCUGCGACGCAUCGGAGGCCUGCGUCUCUGCGCUCCUGGGAGACCCGUGUGACUCUGUGUUUCAGUGGCCUCAGGAGAAGCCAUGUCCAAAAGCUUGGGCCUCACUGGAGAGAGUAAUAGAGAUCCAGAGUAUACACUGGUCUUGUCUCCAGAGUUUGUCUCAGACGAGCGGCCACUCGCUAUUGGAUAGCCCCCUGGGGGCUCAGGGCCAAUCGGAGAAGGACGAGGCAGAAACGGUCAGCGCCAUGGCCUCCCUUAGCGUCGAUGUCGAGCAGCCGGGCUCGGAUCCCGACAACACAGAAACCAGCAGGUCCACAGAGGAGCCGAUGGAAGAAGAGCCCGUAUUGUAGGAAGAACUUAAACGAGAACCGCACAAAUAUUCACCUCCUUCUGGCACCUCCUCUUCCCGCUACAGAGUGUGUGUAGGUACACACACACACACUCUCACACACACACACACACGGAGUGGAAUUGUGCUGUUGUGGAGGACUCUUGGUUGAGGAGAACAUUAUGGUGGCAGGAGGAGAAGGCGGGGGGACUGUGAUAAAGAAGGACACAUCUCUUUUCUACUGGUUCAUCAGCCCGAAGGAGGAGCAGACGACUUGUUUGGCAUCUCCAUGGAAACCAGAGGAGGAGGGGGGGUCAGCAAGGAGACACGUCUUGUAAACCUGCAUACCUGUACACAGUAACCACUGAAGUUCUGCCUUCCACCUCACAAUCAUUCUUCUCUUUCUAUUUCGUCCCUACUCCUCUGUUUUCCACAGCGGGGGACGAUAACUGUGGAAAAAAAGUUUGGAUAAUAAUGACAUGCAGGGCUGGAAGUUUGAAUCCCGUCGAAAUGUCAGACACCGAGAGGACGACUUGUCUUCUCGUCUGUCGGCGAGACACGCUGAGCGAACGCGGGGUCGGCCGGCGAAGGAGGAGCAAAAAUGAACAGAGGAGGAGGAGGAACUAGGUGCCUUUUUUCAAAAAACGUCCAAUCACAAACACCACAAAACAACACCACCGCCGCAGCACCUCAGCAAACCAACCAGCCAAUCAGGACUGAAGAAACACACCGAUGCACACGCUCACACUGCUGUCGUUUCAUUUCGGAGUCUUUGUUUCUUCAUCUGGAUGCCUUAAUUUGUUCACUAUUCAGCAACCUUGAGAGAGAGAAUCACGAGAGUUGAUAUAAAUAUAUAUAUAUUCAGAAAUGUAUUGAAACUGCUAAGAAUUGUAUUUUUUUUUUUUUUUUU